ACUUCGUCUAUAAUUUGAUUUAUUUAAAACUCUGGAGGUUCAUGCGUCGGAGAAGUCUCAUCUUUCUGCGUCAAAAUGCCUGUGAGACGCGGUCAUGUAGCCCUCCAGAACACUUAUCUGGACACCAUUAUCCGGAAAUUCGAUGGACAAAAUCGUAAGUUUCUGAUAGCCAACGCUCAGAUGAAGAACUGUGGCAUUAUCUACUGUAACGAGGGCUUCUGCCAGAUGUUUGGCUUCUCGCGGGCAGAGAUCAUGCAGCAGUCCUGCACCUGCCAGUUCUUGGUGGGGCCUGGCACCAUGAAGACUGCCCUGGCACAGCUGGCACAGGCCCUGCUAGGGUCAGAGGAGCGCAAGGUGGAGAUCCUCUACUACAACAAAGAAGGGACCUGCAGGCCCUGUCUGAUUGAUGUUGUUCCUGUGAAGAAAGCAGAGGGACAGGUCAUCAUGUUCAUCCUCAACUUCCAGGAAAUCAUUGACCCCUCCCUCAAGAAACCAGGUCUGAGACAGAGGGUGGCCCAGGGCUGGGUAUGGGCAGGGCAGAGUCGCAGGCUGAAGUUGAGACUGCCAUUGGUACGUGCAAUGCGUCGGUCUUCCCUCGCCAAAGACCAGUUUGGGGGGGUGGUGGUGGACUACCCACAGCCCAACAGUGAAGAGAUCCCUCUGAAAGAGUUCCGUAUCCCGUCCAAGGAGAGCUACAUGCAGUCUGAGACAGAGGCGCUGAUAGAGCAGGACCACGAGUUCUCCCAGCCUGCAAGCCACUACUCCCCCAAACUGCUGUCCCUAUUGUCAGAGCGGCUGGAACCCAGCGUGCCCUUCCUCCCCAGCAGCCCCUUCUCCAGUGCAGCCUUCCCCAGGACGGUCCUGCCCCGGAGCCGCUCCAGAGAGACUGUCGGCAGCCUCCGCAGAGCUUCCUCCCUGGAUGACCUCGGCAGCAUGAGGGCCGAGUCGGGCCGACCAGGAGACCCACGCUCCAACAGCACUCCAUCUGAAUCAAAACAAACCAAGCCAAAGCUACCUGGGCCUGUUGGAGACCUGAAGGCCGGUACUCUGAGCUCCACCUCAGACUCGGACCUGAUGCGACGCAGGACCAGCACUCGUAACCCCCUCACACUCAGUUUCGCCUCCGACCUCUUGCGACCGCCCUCACCCACUGAGAUCGAGAUCAUCGCUCCCAGCAAAGUAAAGGACCGCCACCGAGACGUCACAGAGAAGGUCACACAUGUCACACAGGUACUGUCCCUAGGGGCUGAUGUCCUGCCAGAGUACAAGCUCCAGGCGCCUCGCAUCCACAAGUGGACCAUCCUCCACUACAGUCCCUUCAAGGCGGUGUGGGACUGGGUCAUCCUCCUGUUGGUCAUCUACACGGCCGUCUUUACCCCCUACUCCGCUGCCUUCCUGCUCAACGAGAUGGAGGACGAGCUCCGGCGCUCCUGUGGCUACACCUGCAACCCCCUCAACGUGGUGGAUCUGGUGGUGGACGUCAUGUUUAUCGUGGACAUUCUCAUCAACUUCCGGACCACAUAUGUCAAUCACAAUGACGAGGUGGUCAGCCACCCGGGGCGCAUCGCCCAGCAUUACUUCAAAGGCUGGUUCCUCAUUGAUAUAGUGGCAGCCAUCCCCUUUGACCUGCUCAUAUUCCGCUCUGGCUCUGAUGAGCCCCAGACAACCACUCUGAUUGGCUUGCUGAAGACUGCUCGGCUGCUGCGAUUGGUGCGUGUGGCGCGGAAGCUGGACCGCUACUCAGAAUACGGCGCCGCCGUUCUCUUCCUCCUCAUGUGCACCUUUGCCCUCAUUGCCCAUUGGCUGGCCUGUAUCUGGUACGCCAUCGGCAAUGCGGAGCGCACCAACUCGGCCCGCAUCGGAGGCAUGAAGAUCGGCUGGCUGGACAACCUGGCUGAACAGAUUGGUAAACCAUACAACGACACAGACCCUGCCUCCGGCCCCUCCACCAAGGAUAAAUACGUCACAGCGCUUUACUUUACCUUCAGCAGCUUGACCAGCGUGGGCUUCGGCAACGUUUCCCCCAACACCAACCCUGAGAAGAUCUUCUCCAUCUGCAUCAUGCUAAUCGGCUCUCUGAUGUACGCCAGUAUCUUUGGUAACGUGUCGGCUAUCAUCCAGAGGCUGUACUCCGGCACGGCCCGUUACCACACCCAGAUGCUGCGUGUCAAAGAGUUCAUCCGCUUCCACCAGAUCCCAGAGGGACUACGCCAGAGACUGGAGGAAUACUUCCAACAUGCCUGGUCCUAUACCAAUGGCAUCGACAUGAACGCUGUGCUGAAGGGUUUCCCUGAGUGUCUGCAGGCUGAUAUCUGCCUCCACCUGAACCGCUGUCUGCUCCAGAACUGCAGGGCCUUCAAGGGGGCCAGUAACGGCUGUCUGCGGGCGCUGGCCAUGAGGUUUAAGACCACCCACGCCCCUCCGGGCGACACCCUGGUCCACAUGGGAGACGUCCUCUCAGCUCUCUACUUCAUCUCUAGAGGGUCCAUAGAGAUUCUGAGAGACGAUGUGGUGGUGGCCAUACUGGGUCAGAAUGAUAUCUUCGGGGAACCCAUCUAUCUUUUUGGGCGUCCAGGGAAGUCGAGUGCAGACGUCAGGGCUUUGACCUACUGUGACCUCCAUAGGAUCCUGAGGGAGGACCUGCUGGAGGUGCUGGACAUGUACCCAGACUUCUCUGACUGCUUCUGGACCAACCUGGAGAUCACCUUUAACCUCCGAGAUGUAGAUAGAAUGAACCAGGCACCUCCCAGUGAGGAUUCUGAAUGUGGAUACCGACGGCCGCGUCCACGACGCACGAGAAACCGGCCUGACGGCAUGGACCGUGAGGACUCAUUUCCAGACCAGUCGUGUCCUUUGGGGAACCACAGCGGCCCGGACACAAGCUCCCACUGGGAGGGCAUGUGUAGCAGCGCCAGCGCCUGCUCUCAGUCCAGUGACGAUGAGAUGAAGCCCCUGGGACAUAGCAAAGCAGAGCUGUACCCCUCUGUGGACGACACCGAUGACUACCCCCCUGCUGUGAUCAGCCUGCUGCCUCCCAGUGGACCCUCAGCCGGCAUGGGGCCGCCCCUGGACCGAGGAAGUCACCAAUACACAGCUGCAGCCCCCAUCAACAUGCCAGGCCCAGGGGUGUAUGGGUAUUGGCCUGACCGGAGGACCAGUCAGUUGUCAGAUCCCCAGCGGCGCUGCUCCUCAGUCAGGGGCACAUACCACUCUCCUCCCUGUGCACAGAACAGGCCCAAUGACCUGGAGUCCAGAGUGGAGCUGCUACAGUCCCAGCUCCACAGACUGGAGACUCGGAUGACUGCAGACAUCCACGUGAUCCUGCAGCUGCUCCAAAGGCAGAUAACCCCAGUGCCCCCGGCCUACAGCACUGUGUUGCCCAGCCCUCACCCUGCUCACCCCACCACCCUGUACAGCACAGCAGCCCCCAUCAUCCACACUGUCCCCUCCAUGCCCCCAAUCAAGAUUGACAGCAUGCCUUCGCCACUGCAGAGCCCGGACUCAGAGAAGCACAAGUCCAAGGACUCCCUG